AUGUGGGCCAAUACUGUACAGUUGAGAGCCACGUCGGAUGAUAGUGCUGAAGCAAUGGAGAUAAAAACAGCAGGUGACCCAGGAGACAGGGACGCUAGGUCUCGGGGUGAUGAUAAGGAAGAGAUUAAACUUAGGGUGCCUCGGUUGGUAGGGCAGAAGUCUAAGGCAGAGCGACGAAAUUUUGGAGGAAUGCUGAGCACUACGUUCAGUCGAGAAUCAGAACAAGGCAUAUCUUCUGGAGCAAAGAUGGUAAAAAAGUGCCUUCGCGAGUUACAUGUGUUAACAAACAACCAACCAGCGAACUGGCAAAUCAAGGCAAAAUCACGUUCAAUAAAACGACUAAAUUCGACCCAUAAAGCUGCUGGAUCAAACGCAGCAUAUUUUAGGCUAGCUUCGGGCUAUCUAAAGCCCAGUUCCGGCCGGUUAGUAGCUCACUUCCAAAUCCAUAACAAAAUAAAGACAACUCAGGCUCAAGAGUUAAGGCUGGAUAAUUGGGGUUCUGAGAACACCUUAAGUCCCAAUUGCUAUAAACGGGCGAAUGAAGGUAUCAAACUGAGGUAG